AUGGACUGGUCCGGUCUUCCGUUGGACGUGCUGAUCGAAUUCGCGGUCCGCCUCACCGUGGUAGACUGGCUCAGUUUCGGCGCCGUCUGCACGGCGUGGAAACAAGCGGCGGAGACAGCCUCGAAAAGCGGGCUUCGCCCCAAGCAGGAGCCGCCGUGGCUCAUGCUGGCGGGAGGCGGCACCGACCUGGCCGUCGCCGACUUCAUCUCCCUCCAGGACGGUCGCUGCCGUUCCAUCGCGCUGCCCAAAGGCCCCGAACCAGCCAUCCAGAAGCGCGCAUGGUUCGGCUCCGCCAACGGCUGGCUCGUGACCGUCGACGACGAGUGCGCUCUCCAUCUCCUGAACCCCAUAACGGGUGCCCAGCUCCCGCUGCCAUCCAUUUCCACCAUGGGCUACUUUCAGGUCCUCCCGAGAAAUGAAUGCAACAAUGCGUUCCGGGUUCUGUACGACAGCCGGUCGUUACUUCGGCUCCACUGCCCGGGGCUCGACCUGGGGCACUUACCGGAGUCGCCAUGUGAGCUUCCAGCAGACAACUUCUUGGUGGGCUUCGUCCGCAGAGCUGUGCCUUGGUGGGACCCCGUCAUCGGCGAGUACUUCGUCAUGAUGAUCCAUGGCCCCGAGAACAAGCUUGCGUUUGCCCGUGAGAGGGACGCGAUAUGGGUCGUAUUGCCAUCGACGGACCAUUACAACGACGCAAUUCUUUACCGGGGCCUCUUCUACACGGUGACCAACUGCGGCUUGGUUCAGGUCUGGGAGCCUGACGGCGCGACAUUUAGGCCAAGGCUGGUUGUUCCCGAGCAGGCAGGAAGCUACGAGUUGGAGUGCUACCCCUACCUAAGGAAUUACUUAGCGGAGACACAGGAUGGCCACCUAAUGCUCAUAUGGAGGGAAUCCAGCUAUUGUCGGGAGACCGACAGCGACGACGAAGAAAAUUACGAUGCUCCUAUCGACAACGAUGCUCGUAUGCACGAUCAUGACGACGGCUACAACUCCCCCGAUAGGAGCUACAACAAGCAUUGUGGCGAAACGAUCCAACAAGCUAAUCCGACUAUAGGGUUCCAAGUAUUUGUCCUCGACGAGUGCCCCGGAGGAAGCGAGUGGAGACAGAUGCAUGACUUCGGUGGGGCGACGCUUUUCAUUGGUUACAACUCCACAGUGUUCUUCCCCAAUGACGGGACAUCUGGAUUGCUCGCAGAUUGCAUAUAUUUUACGGAUGACUAUUAUGGCUACUCUUGGCGCCGUAUGCACAAGCCGUGCGACAUGGGAGUAUUUGACAUGAAGACAAGCCUGGUGAAGCCGAUACAUUUGUUCAACGAUGAACACUCCAAAAGCUGGCCUCCACCAUUGCUCCACCCAAAACCCUUCCCUGCCGCUCUCCUCCCGGGCGGCGGCGGAGGCCCCCUUCCGCGCGACCGCAGCGGCCCCUCAUCCCCUGCCCUUAGGCUGCCAUUGCUGCCGUCUCUGGUGGCGGUGGCGGCGCCCCUCCCGUCGAAGGACGAAGGGGUGGAGAGGGCUCCGCGGCGGUGCUUCAUGGAAGGCGGUGGGGCGCCCGCUGAGGACGCUGGGUCGCACGGCUGCGGUGGUCAUGGCCUGAUGCACUUCGUCGGUCGUCAUGGAGGAAUGGGCCGUUGGAGCGAGGCGGCGUUCGCCCCCGGCGGCGGUUCGGUGGUGGUGGCGAGCUGGGCCUGA